CCGGCAGUAGUCAGUGUCGCAUUUCCAGCUGCUCCUCCCCCGACCAGAGAGCAGCGGCGCAUCGCCCACUCCGACCGGCUGUAGUGAGAGAGAAAGAGAGAGAGAGAGAGAGAGAGAGUGCGUGUCUCUCUGUGUGUCUAUGGUUUAUUUUUACUUUCCUUUUUUUCUUCGCUGCACGAUGAUGACCCAGGACUACGGAUCGUCUGUUGGUCGCGCUGUGUUUUCACUGGAAACGAGGCCGGUCUGUUUAUCGGCUUGAAUCGUACGGAGAGAAGAGAGACCAGCGGGGUUUGUGUUGAUUGGUCUCGGUUCAGUGAGGCGCUGAUCCCGGAGCAGGAGUCGCCCUCUCUCCGCUGCGUGCUGCGCUUCUCCUGUUCAGCUGCAGCGGAAUGGACGUGCGUGCCUUCAACAUGACCUAAAUGUGCCCAGGGAUGUCCCUUACACCGCGGUGUCUGAGCAGCCAGCGCAGGUCGAGUGUGGUGGGUAGGUAGGCGGUAUGACUGAGGAGAGAUGUCCUCAGUUGGUGGACUAUUUCGUGGUGGCGGGGUUGGCGGGUGAAUCGGCUCCAGAUGAGGAGUGUCAGCAGAGAGGCGGGCGCGCCGUGGAGCCCGUCACGGACCUGGCCGUCAUCGCCCGCAGCCUCGGCGAGGAGGUGCCCGAAGGCUUCACGUGCAUCGAGAAGACGCAAGGCGGCCACCCGGCCGAACUCAGCGCCGGCCUCAUCAACAACCCACACAUGUUCCUGUGCUACAGGAGAGGCCAUGACAAACCGCCCAUAUUAGAGCUGGGAGUUCUGUAUGAGGGUAAAGAGCCAGUGAAGCCCGGCUGGCAUGUGAUGGAAACAACACCGUACAGCCGCUCAGCCAGCCUGAGUUCAGGAGGACCCGCCACCCACCGGACCUUCCUAAUGUAUCGCCGGGCCCCAGACUCACAGGCCCUUAAUACACUGGGAGUCACAGACAUCUCUCUGCUGAUGCCCAGCAAGGGUGAGGUGGCUCCACACACCUUCUGCCGAGUGGACAAGAACCUCAACACUGGCAUGUGGGGCCCGGCGCUCUACCUCUGCUAUAAGCGCGCUGUAGCUAAAGCCAACGCCCUGGUGUAUGAGGCAGGUUUGAUCAGCCGCUACCCUGAGGAGGACCUGGAGUCGUUUCCUCUGCCGGACUCAGUUCCAGUCUUCUGUCUGCCUAUGGGUGUCACCGUAGAGAGCUGGCCACUCAACACCAAGUACCAGCUGCCUGUCUUCUCCACUUUUGUUCUCACUAGUGCUUCUGGAGACAAGGUGUAUGGAGCUGCUAUCCAGUUCUAUGAGGCAUACCCGCGGGAGGCUCUGUCUGAGAGGCAGCGGGUGCGGCUGGGCUUGGUCAGCGUGGUGGACCGCCGGCCUAUCACUAACCGCACAGUGCAGGUGAAGAAGAGCGUGUGUGUGCUUUCUCACUGGCCUUUCUUCACCGUCUUCCAGAAGUUCCUCACCUUCGUCUAUCGGUACUCCAUCUCUGGACCUCACGUGCUGCCUAUUGAAAAGCAUAUCUCCAGCUUUAUGCACAACGUGCCCUUUCCCUCCCCUCAGCGGCCACGCAUACUGGUGCAGCUCUCUCCGUACGACAACCUCCUGCUGUGCCAGCCUGUUUCCUCGCCCUUACCCCUGAGUGGUGCCAGUUUUGUGAAGUUGCUCCAGAAUCUGGGGGCGGAGAACGCCUGCACUCUCCUGCUGGCCGUGCUCACCGAACACAAGCUGCUGCUGCACUCCCUGAGGCCGGACGUGCUCACCUCAGUCAGCGAGGCCCUGGUGUCGAUGACAUUUCCGCUGCGCUGGCCCUGUCCUUACAUCCCGUUGUGUCCUCUGCGGCUGGCGGAUGUGCUCUGUGCCCCCAUGCCCUUCAUUGUGGGUGUUCACUCCAGCUACUUUGACCUGUAUGAUCCCCCCUCGGAUGUGGUGUGUGUGGACCUUGACACCAACACCAUUUUCCAAUCAGAAGAUAAGAAGCCCUUGUCUUGGAGAUCUCUGCCCAGGAAACAUGGGAAAAUCCUAUUCAGUUCCCUCAUCAGUCUGCACAAGACCCUGGAGAAAAUCUGUACUCCUGGUCAGGAGGAGGCCACUCUGGAGUUCUUGCUGACCGAUUAUGAUUUGAUCUAUGGGCGUCAGAAGCAGCUGGAGCUGGAGAUCCAGGAGGCCUUCUUGCGCUUCAUGAGCUGUCUGCUUAGAGGCUAUCGCUCCUUCCUCCUGCCCAUCACCCAGGCUCCUUCGGACCGAACCACUGACUGCAGCUCACUCUUUAACCUACAGGGUUUCCUAAAGUCACGAGAUCGGACGCAGCAGAAGUUCUACACGCAGCUCACCAGAACACAGAUGUUCACACAGUUCAUAGAAGAGUGUUCCUUCGUCAGUGACAGACACGCAUGCCUGGAGUUCUUCGACGAGUGUGUUCAGAAGGUGGAUGUGGAGAAACCAGAGGAGGUGAGGCUAAUUGAUCUUGACGAGGCUCACAGUGGAGAACACACAGUGUUCAUAAUGCCACCAGAAGAACCUCAGGAACCUGAUGGCUCAGAGUGUCCUGCUAUCUACAGCUAUGAGACGUUUCCUAUCCUGCAGCCUGAUUUAUUUGACCGGCCACAGGAUCAGCUCCGCACCCCCGCCAAAGGAAGCGCCCCCAACAGCCCUGCCCCUCGUCGAACCAAACAGGAGAUCAAGCUGGCACAGAAGCGAGCUCAGAAGUACUCCUCGGUACCAGACAUGUGGUCCAAAUGUCUGCUGGGUCACUGCUACGGCCUGUGGUUCAUUUAUCUGCCCACGUUUGUGCGAGCCGAAAGCACCAAGGUGCGCGCCCUGCACACGGCCUAUGAGGUCCUCAAGCAUAUGGAGACACGCAAAGUGGUGCUGCCGGACGAGGUGUGUUAUCGGAUCCUGAUGCAGCUGUGUGGGCAGUAUGGACAGCCUGUGCUUGCUGUCAGAGUUUUGCUAGAGAUGAAGAAAGCUGGAAUCACUCCUAACACCAUCACAUAUGGAUACUACAAUAAGGCUGUCCUGGAAAGUAAAUGGCCAUCCACCAAUCAGGGAGGUCGCCUUCGCUGGGCAAAGCUCCGUAAUGUUCUCUUGGCUGUGGCACACUUCAGGCAACCCAUCAAACACAGACAGAAGAGUGACUCUAUUAGCUCCAGACGAGAAGACUUCAACUGUAAUCACCGCCCACACUCCUCUCUGAUUCGCCAGACAAGCUGGAGUGGUUUGAGUGAGAGUUCAAGCCAUGAAUCGCUGACAGGUCCACUCACUAAGAGCAACAGUCUGAGCAGUAUGAGAGCAAGCGACAAGCUCUCAAAAACCAAGUUAGCUAGACAAGCCUUGCUGCAGAACGCAGGUAUAGAUGACCCCGCCUCUCGAAAGCCCCCGGUUGGGCGCCGGGACACAGCCACGCCCUCUCCACUGCCUCCUUGUGAACGUGUCCUCGUGAGGCGCAGUGAUAUCUGCCUGUCUGAUUUUUACAAGGAAUGCGCCGAGCCAGAAACGGACUGCAGGUGCCAGCCAGCUGAGAGAGACGGCAGGCCUGUGGAGCAGCGGGAGACGCUGAACCGGAAGAUUGUAGAUGAGAACUACAAUAACGUGUCGUCCCCAAGCCGCGGGCUAGCCGGUAAACUGCAGCAGCUGCUCACUCCCACGCGUCACCGGAAUUCAGGCCGGCGGGCAGCCAGCAUGGACGACCGGCGAUCUGGCGCUAACGGACCCUCUCGCAAAGCGGAACAGAGGCAAUCCCGCAAAGCACAGGUGGCAGAGAGUCUGCUGAAGGCCAAAGAGCGACUCUACAACGCCACCUCAGAGAGCUCGCUGUCUGUGGGGAGUGACAUUGACCUGACAGAACUGCCAAAUUCGGCUUUUUCACUCAGGAAGUCAUGGGAUUCUGCACAGGAAGGGGCGGGGCUUGAGGUGUUAAUGUCGAGCUGUUCUCUCUGUCGGAGCUGUAACUCGCUAGUGUAUGAUGAGGAGAUAAUGGCUGGCUGGACAUCUGAUGACUCCAAUCUUAAUUCCAGCUGCCCGUUCUGCUCAGCCACUUUUGUACCUCUGCUCAACGCUGAGAUCUGUGACCGGGGCCCCGUCAACAGCCUGGAGCAACGUAACUUGAACUUGGGAGAUGACGUGGAAAGUGCAAUGAGACCCCCUAGUGGUCAAGAUGUCUUCCUGCCUCACCUGCAUAAUGGAGUAAAUGAGCUUGACUCCAGUUCAGAAACCAGCACAUACUCAGAGAACAGCAGUAAUACUCUGAGUUCAUCCCUGGGUGGCACCCCUCAGGUGACCGUGGCAUACCUGAGCCCUUUGGUACUGCGUAAAGAGCUCGAGAGUCUCCUGGAGAACGAGGGAGAGAGUGUUCUCUCUCAGGUCCAGCUGCUGGACAGCCACUCCAUCCUCUUCUGGAACUUGGUUUGGUACUUCACUCGGCUUGGCCUUCCCAGCAACUUGCUGCAGCUGGUGCGCGCUUCACCAUUAGCUUCACAGUUCUUGCAGAAUUCAGAGGGCACUUCAGUAAGGGUGCGGUUAUUAUGGGACACUUUGACACCUGACACGGAUCACUGGCCCCCUCUCUAUAUGCUCUGGAGAAUACACAGUGGCGUGCAGAUGCGUAAUUACAGCUGGCGCAGGCACAACCACCCCUUCACUCUGGGCUUUCUGGAAGAAGUCCUGCGCUGGGUUGGUAUGAACGAGGUACACAAGGCCAUCACACUCUUCCUGGAAACCAUUGCAAAGCAACCCGGCACUCCUCGGAUACAGAGGAGUUUAUACAGGGAAUUCUUGUUCCUCACUUUGGCUGCUAUGGGCAAAGACCAUGUUGCUGCUUUUGAUAAGAAGUAUAAGGCUGCUUAUGCCAGGCUGAGUGGCUCUGUGGGUCGAGAGGAGCUGAGGAAAAAGAGGGCUCAGCCACCAAGCCCCAAAGCUGUGGACUGCAGACGCUGCUUUUUGCUGCCGCUGGAGUGCUGAAGGCCUCAGACAUGCACACGCACACACUCAUAUAUACACACACAACUCCCUCCUAGCCCCUACAGCAGGAUCUCUGGACCCCUCUCUGUCUCUUAGUGUCAGUGAAUGCCUCUGACGGUGUUCUGUGGUCACAAGCCCCUUUUCACAGCCUGACAUACACACUCCUACGUGGGCCUUUAUUUGAUCUUACACAUCUCAGAUGUCCGUGAAGAUAAAGUCUUUUAUCUUCUCACUCUGUCUCCAGCCUUUGUGCUGUGGUACUUGACAUGGCAUGACAAAUCUUGGGAGUUCUGGAGUUCCUCACCAAUGUCCUUUGGGUGUCUUUGGUCAGGAACAUGUCGUCUUCUCAGUGAUAUUGCGCUCUCUCUCUUUUUUUAAUUUAAUUUUACUUUUUAAUUAUUUUUUUAAGUUUUGUUUGCACACAUUCUACACUCUGGAUCGAAGCUGUGAAGUGUUUUCACUUGUUGUAGCCUAUGUUUACUUCUUUAUUGCUCCAGCAGCAGGGCAUUUCUUCCCUGCUCUAUAUUCCUAGGGUACAGGAGACAACCUCUCAACGGUAGGGGGUCUCUGAGCUUGACCCAACAAAAUCCAACAAAAGGAAACAAUAAUGAAACUGCAAUAUCACUCUCUCCACUGGGCUGCUCAUUUAGUCCACAGCCUAAGAAUGCAAUGAUGUGUAUAAGUGCAUUAGUGGCAUUCUGAUCUAUGCAUUGCAUUACGUUACAUUACGUUAAAACAUAAGCAGGGCCCUGCAUCACGAUGCCUUCUCCUAAACUCUGCACUCCUAAAAUUUGUUUCACAACAAGGCCUCUUUAUCCCAUUAUUCCUUACAAGCUUAUCAGCCUUGCAUUCUCAAAUCCUGCCUCCGCUGUGUGAGUGUGUGUAUAAGUGUGUGUGUGGCCUGCCAGAUAGCCUUUGUUUCAAUAGAUCAGAAAGUCCCCUUUAAAUAAGUCCUACUCUCUUCUAAGCCUUUUUUUUGUGUAAAGUUUUACUGACCCAGCAGUUCCAGUUGGGGUGGGAUUCAGGCAGCAGUUCUUUUCUAUAGAUCUGAAAGGGAAAUGAAGGUCCCAGCACCAACACUGGAAUGAUCCAGGUCCAGACUGCAGGAUGAUUCAAGUAUAACAGCUUGGGCUAUGGGAUGGUACUGACUGAAUGAAGAGGAAGAGUGUGUUUGAGUCAGGACUGAGAUCUCAAACCACUAAGAGCAGAGGAAAGGGAGGGAGUACACCACAAACACUGGAGCAGCAUCUUCUAAAGACUUCUCUCCUAACCAAAAAACUUUCUGGUUGGAAUUUACCUCUUUUGUUUGUUUGAUUGAUUGUUUACUAUCUCCUUGUUUUGCGUUCAGUUUGGUUUUUAUUGUUUUUAAUUAUGUGCAAUGUGUGUAUAUGGCUUGGUUUCAGCUAUACCAGAAGAUUGUGGUCAAACUUAAGUUGAGUGACUGAGAGAUAUUGGGAAAAAUUCUAAAUGUCACCUUCGUACCCCUUGUUUAACUCUUGCUGUCCUCUGAAAGCCAGUGUUUCGGGAGUCUUGUUGUGUGUUUGUGUGCGUGUCUUCAGCCUGUGCUGUCUUUAGGGAGAUAUCUUGCUUCUGCUGCAGCAAUGCCUCAAGAGACUCACCUACACAGUAUAACCCAGUUCAGUAUAUGUGGCAUCGGAUGCACAGCCCUCCCACCGCCAGGCAACACAGUCACGCAGAGUCUCACACAAACAGAGUCUUGUUAAAUCCAUACUGCACAGCCAGAUUUAACCUCAAUGUCAGUAUCAAAGCUUGGGCAGUGUCGAUAUCAGCUCAAUGGCAAGCUUGGCAGGGGUUCCAGGAUGCAGAGCAGCAGAGCGAGGUCUGUAAUGUGAGAACUGCUGAGUGAAAGUUUAAUCUAGCUUAAUCUAGAGCCGUCAGCUUGGCUGUGGAGGUAAGUGGUAAGGCAGGUACUGAUUAUCUGCUGUAAUUGCAUGUGAAAAGCUUCUGUUAUUUGGGUAAUAGCCUUUAGCAUUGCAGUAGAGUUGGUGGGAGGUGUUCUGUCAGUAGUGGCCAGUAGUUGCAGGCCUGUAGACCAAGUUCCAAGCUGUGCUAGGCCUACAGCAAAUAACCUACUGAUGGUUGGGUGGAUGUUUGGCUACUAGCUAAUGUUAGAAAUUUGCCUUUAAGUUAGCUAACCUAGCUCUAGCUAGCUAUAGUGUUGCGGUAGCUCAAGAUAACUUCCUGUAACUAAAAACAUAGCACAAAAAAUAAUGACAUUUGUGUUUGGUAGAUUAUUUCUUUGUUGGAAAAAUACUCCUUGUCAAUAAUAAUCUUAUACUUUUUUAAAGCCUUAUGAGGCACCUGAGUGGCAGCACCUGGGGUUAACAGAAGCUCAAAACAAGUGUCAAUAGCAACAGCAGAGUAAUAUGAUUUGGCAAAGUUUUCAUUGGUGCAAACCACAUAUUCAGCUCUGCUGCUCAUCCCACAAAUGCAUGUUCCUUACAUUUCACUUUUAAAAUUAACAGGCUUCCCAACGUUAAGGGAGUAUUGUUACUACAAAGCAAUAUCUACCCAACACAAUGUAUGGACAGAACCUUAAUCAUUUUUGCAGACUUCAGUAUAUCUACUAAAUAUGAAUAGCCCAUUGGCGUGAAUGAUCCAGUAUGCCUGUUAAAAACAGUGACUUUAUUCUAUAAGUUUUAUUCAUUUAUGAUAUUUUAUGAUUUUUAUGUUUCGGUUAAACUGUCUGAAUAUUCUUUAUAGUUAAAAAUAUCAUUGCUCUUUAAGAGUAAUGUAUAAAUGCAGUAUUAAGAUCAUUAUUGUUGUUAUUUAUGGGACAGUUUUCAUCCAAAACAAUGAUUAGCGUGACUGACCUAAGUACAGCCAAACCCAAACCUUUUUAGCUAGCUAAGACAUCCUGAAAGAGUGAUUUAAAAAAAAGGUAAGCACUUAUUACAUAAUUAUAAUUAUAAUAUUUUUUUAAAUAAUGUUAAUAUGAACUACCUUGCCAGUACUGCAGCUAUCUAGUUAUCUAGCUUGAUUAGCCCUCUAGCUAGCUAGCUAAUUAACUAACCCAAACUGAGGCUUUUGAUAGUCUGGAACUUGGUCUAGAAGGUAAAGAGCUGGGUUUUUGUCAUUAUAUUCUUGUCUCCUCCAAUCUGUUUGUGAAAUCUUCACCUCCAUGUUGAUCUAAGAGCACCUUCACAGUCUUUUCUCUAAUCUAGUAUUUCUCAACUCCAGCCCUGGAGUCCCACUUCCUUGCACUGUUUAGUGUUUUCCCUGCUCCCAACACACCUGAUCCAACUAAUUAGCUCAUUAGUAACCUAUUAUGUGUUCUUAAAAUGUGUAUGUGUGUGUUUAAAGCAGAAAAAGCUCUAAAAUGUGCACGACAGUGGGCCGUCCAAGACCAGUGUAGAGAAACACUGCUCUAAUCUUCCUAUACUCCACUACUAGAUCCUAGAUCAACACCAAUGACCCAGAGUUACCCAACUGCAGAGUCCACAGCCUCAGUGAGGUUCUCGUCAUUUAGCAAAAGUGUAAAGUUAAACAGGAAAAUGCUUGGCUAAGCGGAAAGGAUAUUGUAUUACAUACAUAGCUAGCUCAUCUCUAUGAUGUAAGCUGCAGUUCUAUGGCCUUCACCAUGUCCUUUCUUUCUUUCCUUCCUUCUUCCACUCUCUGUAACUAAUACCUCUGUUUCUGUUUUCAGUCUGUUUCUUUAAGCAGGGCGUUUGUAACCUUGUUUAGGAGUCUUCUGUGUCUCGUAUAUUAGAGACUUUAACUGUACGUUGACUUGUGUAGGGUGAGUGAUCCUAUACAGCAGAGCGAUGAUGGAGUGUAUGUUGUAUUCAGAGACCAUGUUUUUAGUUUGUGAAGGAGUCUUGUGUGCGUCUCUGAAUAUAUAUGGGGAGGGACAGGGUGAAAAAAGCUGUGAUCUAUAUAUAGAGUUAUAAUAAUGAUUACAUGAUAGCAGAGAGAAAUGCCACGUUGUGUAAUUUUUAGUCUUAACUUUUAGGGAAGAAAUCCGAAAAGGCACUGAUAAUUUAUUAAUUAGCUAGAUACGUAGCUAUGAACAAAAAAAAGAAAAGGACUUGUAACCUGUAGAGUGUCAGGAACGCAGGGAUUUUAGCCUGACUUUGCCUCUGACAUUUGUUCUACAGUGUAUACUGAUGACCAGCAGGGGACAGCAUGCCAAAGGGAGUGCACCUAAAGGCCCGGGAUGGUGAUUUCACUGUAUUUUAAUGCAUCUGACUGCAACACAUUGUGAGGGAAACCGAGUUAGUUUUUAUUUUUUAAGGUUAAAUGAAAAAAAAAAAAAGAUUGCAGAGCUAUAUUUAAAGUGUAUUGUGUUCACUGUAGUAAUUUAUAUAGUUGUGAUUUCUGUUGUGAAUGUUGUUUUUAAAAAAAAUAAAUGAAAAUGAAUGCUCA